UUUAUAACAAGUAACCGUCAAUGCUAUAGUUUUUGUAAGUGACAGUUAAUAUAACCAGAACCAGAAGCAACAAUGUCUUCUGAACUUGAUAAUUGGAUAGAAAUUGCAAAACAGUGCAAGUAUUUACCAGAAAACGACUUAAAAAAAUUAUGUGAUAUCGUGUGCAGUAUUUUAUUAGAAGAAUCAAAUGUUCAACCCGUAUCCACUCCUGUUACCGUUUGUGGAGAUAUACAUGGACAGUUUUAUGAUCUCGAAAAGUUAUUUCGGAAAGGUGGACAAGUUCCUGAUACAAAUUACAUUUUUCUAGGCGAUUUUGUUGAUAGAGGCUACUACAGCCUGGAAACAUUUACAAGACUUCUUACACUCAAAGCUAAAUAUCCAAAUAAAAUAACUUUGUUAAGAGGCAAUCAUGAAAGUAGGCAGAUUACACAAGUUUAUGGUUUUUAUGAUGAGUGCAUGACUAAGUAUGGAAAUGUUAAUGCUUGGAAAUAUUGUUGUGGAGUUUUUGAUCUACUAACUAUUGCUGCAAUUAUAGAUGAAAAAAUAUUGUGUGUACAUGGUGGAUUAAGUCCAGAUAUUAAAACUUUAGAUCAAAUUAGAAUUUUGGAAAGGAAUCAAGAAAUACCUCAUAAAGGAGCAUUCUGUGAUUUAGUAUGGUCAGAUCCAGAGGAAAUAGAUAACUGGUCGACAAGCCCCAGAGGUGCAGGUUACUUAUUCGGAGCCAAAGUUACUCAUGAUUUUAUGAAAAUAAAUGCCUUAACAUUAAUUUGCAGGGCUCAUCAGUUAGUACAUGAAGGUUAUAAAUACAUGUUUGACGAUAAACUGGUAACAGUAUGGUCAGCACCGAAUUAUUGUUAUCGCUGCGGAAACAUAGCAAGUAUUUUGGAAUUCACCACGCCAGACAAGGGAGAAGCGAAAUUGUUUCAUGCCGUACCGGAUUCAGAAAGAGUUAUACCUAGUAGAAAUGUCACACCGUACUUUUUAUAAAGAUUAAUUUUAAAUAUAUUUUAAAUAUGUUUUUAA